AUGACUGAAUCUAUGGAAUCUCCAAAUAUGUCUCCUGAGUCACGCCCAUCCCAAGUGAAACUUAAUGAAAGGAUUAUUGCCUCCAUGUCGAGGAGGUCAAUUGCAGCGCAUCCCUGGCAUGAUCUUGAGAUAGGUAAUUAACUAUAGUGCACCUAUUGCACGGACCUCAUUGGUGCAUAGUUCUGUCAACGUUUUUUCUCUCAUUCAAGACAGCAGCGAUAUUUUUUCUGAGCCUCCUUUUUGUGAUUGCAGGACCCGAAGCUCCCAUCAUUUUCAAUUGUGUAAGGUUACUAAACUAUUACAAUUUUUUAAACUAUUAUAAUUGUGAUAUUAGAAUUUUUAAUUGGAUCAUAAUUGAAUUAUCUAGGAAUUUUUUGUGUUGGACCAUUGAUCUUUGUAUCUGGCUUAGGUAGCAACAGUGUUGUAUGUUUCUCAUAGAUGCUUUUCAAUUCUUAAAUAGUUUGGCAUAUUUUUCUGUAAUGUUGCGAUUUUUUUUUCUAGUGUGCCUAGCGCCUAAUGCCAUUGAUAUUGAUGUUCCAUAAGUUUAUUUAAGAAUAACAUCAUUGGAAGGGCUUUCCUGCGAAGGGACAGCUGUUGUAGCGUUUUUCCGAAAUUUCACUUGUCUUUACAAUUCCAUGACAGAGACAUUCCACAGCAUCGAUUGACAGUAUACACCAUACACUUAGAUUAUACGUUUAAAGCUUCCAACUAAUAUUUAUUAAACCGAGGAGAAAAGUUCCGCCCUGCCAUGACUAUAUUCUAAAGGCACAAGCGAUUCUAAGCCGAACUCUAAGUUAUUCAUAGAGCAUUGUUUAAUGAAGGCAGAAAAGUUUCACGUCUAUUGAUGUAGUACAGUUUUUUCAGCAGCUGUUAAAAGUAGUAGAGUUGAUAGCUCACGUAGGUUGGAUUUCAUUCCACCUUUUUUCAAAUUUGUGCAGCCUAAUAGCGAGAUAUUAAUCUCGUACAUGUAGUUCUCUGAAGGACAAAAGAAUUACAUGUCAUGCUGAGAACACAGAAAUCUGGGAUCCCUUUUUUUUUGUUUAAAUUCUCUGUUCUCUGAUAGUAAUUAUAGGUGGGGAGCAUCGGGAUUUUCAUAUUCUAGAUCUUAAACAUUUAGAAAGAACUGCAAAAUCUGAUCUUGAAUUUCCUUGGUGUCUCCGUCUCAAUUUUUUUCUUACUAUUGUUUCUGUCAAAUCGAAUGGGGCCCUUAACUUGGCUUUCCCGGUACCAUAUAUGCUGCCUUUAAAGUACCAUAACGUGAGUCAUUUUCUGCAGGUGGUGGAAAUAGGGAAGGGGAGUAAGGUGAAAUAUGAGCUUGACAAGAAAACGGGUCUCAUAAAGGUUGUUGUAAAAGUCAACUUUUUUCUCUCUUCUUGAAUGAUCUGAAAUCAUGAGAUCAUCGACUCUCUUUCUCGUGCAAGGCAGCCAUUGGGCUCAGUGCCCAUCAAAUACGCAAGCUUUCAGUCAGCUUUAUAUUUCUGUAGUUUUUUUUUUUUUUUCAUUUUGAUGUUAGAUGCUUGCCUUUUUAUUUUCAUGCACUGUCUGAUACCUCAUAUGGGUAGGUCUAUUUGCUGUCAAUCAAUAUACAUGUAGGCCACCAGACCUAUUUCCAAGUAACCGCCCAUCUUGUCCCAGUCUGGCUUUCUUGCUGUGGCCCAGCACCUGUCGGCCUUCAUCUCUUUGCGAUUAUUUCAUUCGCAUCAUAUCUCAAGAAACUUAACUAGUCUCUCUGCGUCACCCUUUAUAUGUGCAGGUAGACCGUGUACUCUACUCCUCAGUAGUGUACCCCCACAACUAUGGUUUCAUACCACGCACCAUCUGCGAGGACAGCGAUCCUAUGGACGUUCUGGUCAUCAUGCAGGUGCGUGUAGGAUUCUGGGUUCAAACUUAUCGUGUUUCAAUUCCACAGUUUUUGUGGUUAUGGCUCCAAUUCCACAGUUUUAGACGUCAAAGGAGAACUACUCACAGACCUUUAUUGGGGCUGCUGACAUUUACUAGAGUACUCUCAUCCAUAAAACACCCAGAGAUUAGCUCUAAAAGAAUAGAGCUAAAAAAUAUCAUUAAUUCAUUAUCCAAUGACAGUCUCGGUUAAAGGAGGCUCUCUACUCAAUGCAGGAACCGGUGCUCCCAGGCUGCUUUCUCCGGGCAAAGGCCAUAGGCCUGAUGCCUAUGAUCGACCAGGUACAUUUUUCUUUUUUUUUCUCCCAAAAGCGGUAUUGAAUCGCAUCUGUCUGAUGGCUCCGGUGGUGGAACUCUGGAGGUUCUUAUACUGCUUAUGCUCGUUUGGAAAAAAAAAACAGGGUGAAAAGGACGACAAAAUAAUUGCAGUCUGUGCAGAUGAUCCCGAGUACCGGCACUACACUGACAUCAAGGAGCUUCCACCCCACCGUUUGGCAGAGAUACGCCGCUUCUUUGAGGACUGUAUCCUUCGUUAUUUUCUUUCAUGAAGUGAGUGAGUGUGUGUGUGUGUGUGUGUGUGAGAGAGAGAGAGAGAGAGAGAGGGAUGUCUCCUUGACAGAUGGCAACUCAGACAAGAAGAACGAGAACAAGGAGGUUGCAGUGAACGAUUUCCUGCCCUCCACGGAUGCCUUCAGCGCCAUCAAACAUUCGAUGUAAGACUUGUCAUCGAGCAGAGCCCUUGGCCCUAUGUUCCAAGAGUACACUGACUCAUCUCUCUAAAAUGACACCCUCUUUCUCUCUGUUGAAGGGAUCUCUACGCAAACUACAUCGUCGAGAGCCUGAGGAGGUAG